GCUGAGCCUUCGCGUUCGCCACUUGCGACUUGCGGGAUUCCGGAACUUGCUUCGGGUGGGACCAAGGCCACGCAGCUGUUGGUGGCAGGACUUCGUGCCAAGGGUGCAGAUGUUGACAGAGCUGAGAUAGCAGCUGCUGUGCUGUGCCUCAUGCUCGGUGGCUUAGAUGAGGCCCACAACCUUGUCACGCCGCACUGCUGGGCUGCGCCGACUACCUAUGGUGGCCCGUCUAAGCUGGGGAGCACAGUGUUCCGCGAGGCCGCGUAUGGCCAUGUCAUCGUGCACCGUAUGGAAGGUGAGAAUCUUGGCGAAUUUGGAUCCGGGUUCAACAACAGCAAGUAUUGGCUGGGCCAGGCUUUCUCCUUAGGAGCGAGCCAGCACAGAAUCUUCGCCGAACUUCGGAAAGAUGCCGAAGGCUUUGUUGGCACAUGCCAUGAUUCGCGCUGUCUGCUACGGACCAUGGGUCCCAAGUGGGAGCCGUCGCUCUUCAACAAGCUCUGCGAAGAUGUGCUGCUGACAGAGGAUCCAGAUACCCUGGAGUUUUGCAAGGCUGUUCAAACCAGGGAGCUUCAGCUUUUCUUCGAGCACAUCAUGGCGGCGCCGGAUGACUCUGCCACAGCUUGA